GCGUUAAACACCAUAAGCAUUCAAAUGCCUCAUGUUGUCCUCAAUUGCGAAAGAGCAUCAGGCCGCACGGACUCGGCACAAAGCUUUGCUUGCUUUCAAGAAACAACAGAUGUUGACUGCACUGGGUGAACUGACCACUACUCUUCUAUGCCAGAUUGAUGACAAGGUUUCUAAGGCCUAUCACAAUCAACGUCGAUUGAAUUCUGACAUCAAGCAGCUUCAGGAGUCUCUCCAAGUUCACAAACGGCAAGUCGCUGGAUGGGUGAAACUAGUAGGAGAAUUCCACAAAGCUUUGAAGGAGCUGGGUGACGUUGAGAACUGGGCGUGCAAGAUGGAACGUGAGACACUUAUCCUUGAUGGAUGUUUACGACUUGUUCUGACGCACACUCCCUACGUUGGGCCAGCAGGACCCUAGGGUUAUUGUCGACAUUUAUCGUCUUUCAUACCUUUAUACUCUCUAUUGCUGCGCUAUGUAUUUCUUCUGCUUUGUGCUUGUGACUUUCAGUGAUUUUCAGAGUUGGAGGAAUUCGUCCCCAUUCCCCGGGAGAGGAAUGGGAGAACAUAAACGUGUUGUCCUGAAUUUCGAAUUUUGAUUGACAUUUUGAUUUGGAUAAGUACCGAUCAUGAAUAAUGUGACAGACAUACACGGCGAACGUGUACAUGUGUGCUUACGUUUGCACCUAACCUCACUGCACUUUAUCUUUUCCAUCGAAAAAAGUCG